AUGUCUCAAAACGAGGACGACUACGAGCAAAUCUCCCCGGACAUCGUUGAUUGCGAUUUAUUGGAAGCUGUGAAGGAAAAUGUCCAACCACUUGCCACUGGACGUCGCGUAACCGCUCUCUCGGCUCUUCUGGCCACCCCACACUCUCAAAGAGAAGUAAAAUUGUCUGUUACACGGAAUCGACUGCGCGUCAACGUCGAGCUUGCUUUGGAGGACGAAGAUGGUGAUCCUCUGGAGGCAUACUGUCGCUUGGUUUAUUGGACCGUGGAGAACUAUCCUCAAGGGCAUUCGGCGGAGUCCGGACUUCUGGAGCUGCUGGAAGAAGCAACACGAGUGUUGAAGGAUGAUAGAAACGGAGAAUGGAGAAGCGACCUCAAAUAUCUCAAGCUUUGGUUGCUUUAUGCGAGCUAUGUGGAGAAACCAACCGUUAUCUACAAAUUUCUGAUUGCCAACGACAUCGGAACGGAGUUUGCGCUGCUAUACGAGGAACAUGCAGCAGUUCUUGAAAGAGAUGGCCGCCGCAAAGAAGCUGACGCAGCCUACUCGUUGGGUAUCGCAAGAAAGGCUUCCCCUCUUGAACAUUUACGAAGCAGAUACGAGGAUUUCCAGAAGCGCAUGAUGUCCACUGUCUCUCCACCAACCGCCCAACCAGUUCCUUCCUCUUCUCGACCCCCGCGGCAGGCCCUGGCCACAACCGCAACUUCAGGUGCCGCCUCGUCAUCAUCAUCGUCCCGGGGAUCUACAUCCCGUACGGCCCUGGGAUCCUCAUCCAGCAUCCCAAUUCCCCCAGCGCAAUCGAAUAGCCGGAUCCAGAUAUUCCUUGACCCCACUGGGGCAGGGGCACAGGCCGCAGAAGAAGGCCCCGGCGAAUGGAACGACCUAGGCACACGGAAGACGAGGAUUAAAGAGAACGUGCCGGAGGUGAAGAAGCUCGUUGGGACGACGCUGAAGCAGGCGGGAAAGACGAAGAGGAUGGCUGCUGCCGCUGCGUCGGUGUCUGGCUCAGGUUCGGGGUCGAAGAUUGCAGUUUUCAGAGACCCGGCGCCAGAAGAUAUGCCGCCCCCGCCUGCACCGAAGAAGGCAAAGGAAAGGACUGCUGGGAAGACUGCUGGGAAGACCUUUGUGCCUUUCGUCGACGGUCCGGAGGAGCCGUUGUCCGCACCUGAAUCCGCGGCGCAGGAGACGGAGACAGCCACACCCAAGUUCACUCCAUUCCGAGACGAGUCCGCGGUGUCGUCCCCUGCGGCCAUCGUCCCUAUCGCCGAUUCUAUCAUGAAGAUCAAAAAGGCAGACAAGAAGGCACCUGAACCCACUACGGAGGCGGAAGCGCUGCGCAAGGACCCCCUGAAGAACUACCCGCAGGAGAGCCUCGGAUUCACGGACCAAGGAGACUGA